AUGCUUUCCUUAAACGGAACCUCUUCUCUGAAUAAUUCUCUUUAUGGGGCAUCGAAAAGCUUGGCGCCGUCCAGGCAGGGAAGAAAACCAGCUCCGCGGAUGGUGGUGGCGGCGGCUAUCAGCUCAAACGACAGGCCGGGCGAUGGAAAUGUCGUCUUGAUGGAGAGUACUUUGAAGAAGAUGAGGGAGACUGCGCCGCCGACAUCCUCGCCGGCGAUUGAGAAGGAUACGAAAUCCGCCGUCAGCGGCGGCGUCGAGGACGUUUACGGCGAGGAUAGCGCCACGGAGGAUCAGCACAUCACGCCCUGGACUGUCACUGUUGCCAGUGGAUACCCACUAUUGCGUGAUCCCCAUUACAACAAAGGCCUUGCUUUUAAUGAGAAAGAAAGGGAUGCUCACUUUUUGCGCGGUCUUCUUCCUCCCGUUGUGGUUAGCCAAGAACUGCAGCAGGUUAAGAAAAUGAUGCACAACAUGCGCCAAUACCAAGUUCCUCUACAGAGGUACAUGGCCAUGAUGGACCUUCAGGAGAGAAAUGAGCGAUUAUUUUACAAGCUUCUGAUCGAAAAUGUUGAGGAACUACUCCCAGUUGUCUACACUCCAACUGUGGGUGAAGCUUGCCAGAAAUAUGGAAGCAUUUUCAGGCAGCCACAGGGCCUCUUUAUCAGCCUAAAAGAAAAGGGAAGAAUACUUGAGGUACUGAAAAAUUGGCCCCAGAAAAAGAUUCAAGUUAUUGUGGUGACAGACGGAGAAAGGAUAUUGGGGCUUGGUGACCUGGGAUGUCAGGGAAUGGGAAUUCCCGUAGGAAAGUUAUCCUUGUAUACAGCUCUUGGUGGCAUUCGCCCUUCUGCUUGCUUGCCGGUGACUAUUGAUGUGGGUACCAACAAUGAGCAGUUGUUAAAUGAUGAAUUUUACAUUGGGCUCAGAAGAAGGAGAGCAACGGGGCAGGAGUAUGCUGAGCUUUUGGAUGAGUUUAUGUCUGCAGUUAAGCAGAAUUAUGGAGAAAAAGUCCUUGUUCAAUUUGAAGACUUUGCAAAUCACAAUGCUUUUGACCUUCUAGCAAAGUAUGGAUCUACUCAUCUUGUUUUCAAUGACGAUAUUCAGGGUACAGCAUCUGUAGUCCUUGCUGGGCUUGUGGCUUCACUUAAAUUAGUAGGUGGUACCUUGGCAGAUCACUCGUUUUUGUUCCUUGGAGCUGGAGAGGCUGGAACUGGUAUUGCGGAGCUUAUAGCUCUUGAGAUAUCCAAACAGACUGGUGCCCCAGUGGAAGAGGCUCGAAAAAAGAUAUGGCUUGUGGACUCAAAGGGACUUAUUGUCCGGUCCCGUAUGGAUAGGCUUCAACAUUUUAAGAGGCCCUGGGCCCACGAACACGAACCAGUAGAGAAUUUGUUAGACGCUGUCAAGACCAUUAAGCCAACAGUACUCAUAGGAUCAUCAGGAGCAGGAAGAACUUUUACUAAAGAAGUGGUCCAGGCCAUGUCAUCUUUUAAUGAGAAACCUGUUAUUCUUGCCCUCUCAAACCCAACCUCACAAUCCGAGUGUACUGCUGAGGAAGCCUACCAAUGGAGUGAGGGCCGAGCCAUAUUUGCUAGUGGGAGCCCGUUUAGUCCAGUUGAAUAUGAUGGGAAAUUUUAUGCAUCUGGCCAGGCAAAUAAUGCUUACAUCUUCCCUGGACUUGGUCUCGGGUUGAUUAUUUCUGGUGCAAUCCGAGUACACGAUGACAUGCUUUUGGCUGCCUCCGAGGCAUUAGCUUCUCAGGUUACGGAAGAGUACCUUCGAAAAGGGCUGAUAUAUCCGCCAUUCGCUAACAUCCGGAAGAUUUCAGCUCAGAUUGCCGCUAAAGUAGCAGCCAAAGCAUACGAACUAGGCUUAGCCACACGCCUGCCUCCUCCGGAAAACCUAGUAAAAUACGCGGAAAGCUGUAUGUACAGCCCCAACUACCGUAACUACCGAUAA